AUGCUGCAUGAAAUUGACGACCUUUGUAACAAGGCGGAAAUACAAUCCCAUGAACUUCUGCCCGUGAAAGGGCGCAUACACAAGUUGGAAGCACAGCUUGCGGGGCCCGAGGCUGCUAAGCCUACAGUGUAUGAAAAGACCAAUGAUGCUAAUGCUGUUUCAGAUGGCAGGGCUGGUAUUUUGCGUUCCAUAUCAAGAACGAUUUCCGCAUAUCACUUUGGUAACUGCUACGCACGCAUACUUCCCCGCAACCAACGGCAGAUUGCGAAGCCAGCUAAAACUCCCCAAGCUCUCAAAUACAAAUAUAAACAAUUGUAUGCCCUUAUGGAUAAAGGAGGGGGGGGGGGGGGAGCAUGGUGCGACAUUCGUUUCGUGAAUCAAACCAUCGCUUUGAUGUGGUGUAUUAUCUUCUUCGGUCUUACCAAGAGACGCCGAGUUUUUCAGUGGCCGAGUACGAUGACUUGGCUGGCUAUUAUGUGUAUGGUGGAAAUUAUUUAUCUGUUAAAGUCGAGUAAUGUCAUGAUACUUGAGGAGUAUGAGUUUCUUGCAGCAAAGGAAAGGUAA